AUGAACCAUUAUCCGCAAGCUUGGGGCAGACCUCGAAAUGAUGUUUACGGUCCAUACGAUCACUCCUACACACAUUCUGCGAUGCCGAAAACGCAUACACAAUCUCCAGCGGUGACAGGAACAUCGGUGUUGGGUGUAAAGUUCAAGGAUGGAGUCGUUAUAGCAGCAGACAACCUGGCUUCCUACGGAUCUCUUGCUCGCUUCACAGAUGUCAAGAGAAUCCGCACGUUCGCACCCAAUACAGUAAUAGGCUUUGGUGGUGAUGUUUCAGAUAUGCAAUACCUCGACAGAUUAUUACAGACGCUUGAGAUCAACGAGAACUACCUCUCCUCAUCCGAGCACUCUCUGAACGCAAGAAAUCUACACACAUAUUUGUCAAAGGUCAUGUACAAGAGACGGAGCGACUUCAACCCUUUGUGGAACAUGAUGCUGAUAGCUGGUUUUGAUGAGGAUGAGAAGCCUUUCCUAGCCAGCGCCGACCUGCUAGGCACUACCUUCUCAAGUCCCACACUAGCCACUGGGUUCGGUGCUCAUCUUGCGCAGCCGCUGUUGAGGAGACUCAUGCCACAUGACGAGGAAAGUGUAAAGGAUGUGACCAAAGAGCAGGCCGUCGAUGCCGUCAGAGCAUGCAUGAAGGUUUUGUUCUACAGAGACGCAAGGAGUAUGGACAAAUACAGUAUAGCUGUCAUUACCAAGGACGGUGUUGACCUCAAAGAGGAUGAGAAGCUGGAGAACCAAAGUUGGGCCUUUGCUGACCAGAUUCGAGGCUAUGGCACACAAGUAAAUUGA